AUGAGAAAUCCGAUCUGUAUAAACGACAAUACAAUAUGCAUCGAUCAGAGCGCGGAGCAGGAGCGUCAGCUCAGGUCGCUGCAGCUGGAGAUGGAGACGCUGCAGCGGCAGUUCGAGGCCGCGUCGGUGGACCGCGAGAACGCGAUUCAGGAGAACCGGAAGCUGCAGGACGACCUGGCGGCGGCGACCUGCGAGGUGCGAAACAUGCAGCGCGAGCUGGAGACCUCGCGCGCCGAGUGCUACGACCUGAAGAGGCAGCUGCAGACUUAUGUUAGCGAGGUCCGUCGCGCUGAGGAACUCCUAAAUCGGAAGGAGAACGAGAGAACGGAGAUGCUGAACCAUUUCCGAAGUCUCAGCUUGGAGGCGACGGUUCUGGAAAACAAUAAUCAUAGCUUGGAGUCUGAGGCGGCGGAAGCUAGAGGCGCCCUUCAAACCGCGAGACAUCAGAUACUCGACCUGGAGCGUCAAUUGGCGGACAGGGACUGUCUAAUAAAGGGUUAUGAGACUCAGAUAAGCAAUCUGACGCAAAGCGUCGCUAGCAUGGAGACGCAACUACGGCAACAGAUCGAACAGAGAAACCGAGCCGAAGCCGAUUUAAUGGCGGUCAGGGACCUGUGCGUGAAGCUGGACCAACAAAAGGAUACGCUUGUGGAACAACUCGGUGACAAGGACACCGUGAAAGCGCAUUACGAGGCGCAAUUAUCAAGACUGAAAGCCGAGCAAAGCAUUGUUCAGGAUCAAAUUGCUAGAGAUCGCGUGACCGUGGAACGACUGGAGACCCUUCUGGACCAAGCGAGGCAGGAAUCCAUUAACGCGCAGGCUACCAAUCAAGAGCUGCAAAAUGAGAUCUCUAGAUUAAAACAGAAAGUCUCCGAGCUUCAAAGUAAACUUUCGUCGGAAUCCGCGGAACUUCGACAGUAUCAGAAUCAAGCGGCGGAAUACAGCAAGCAGAUCAGCGAGCUCCGUAGACAAGUCACCAACGAGAGGUUUGACCGUGCUAGAAAGGAUGAAGAGAGUCGCAGGUCGCUAAAUUCAUCUCCAGACAGUUUCAAUGUAGAUCUAAACGUAGUGAUAUAAUAUACUUGUGUUUGCACGCGCACGCGAUGUCUGUUGAUCUACUUAUAAAUAUUUCCAACGGAACGGGGAAUAAGGAUAACAAUGAUAGAGCAGAGCCCCUGCAAAGCACGCAAAUUGAUUUAAUAUGUCAAGCCUCGGCAGUAUGACUUAGAUUAUAAAUAUUUUCUAAUGAUGUAAAUAUGUGUGUAUAAUUGCAAUAUAUAUAUUUUAAUAUUGUCCAUCUAAAAUAGACAAAAUAUGAAAUUAAUAAAUAAUGCUGCCAAGAGAACAAGACUUUCGAGAAAUGAAAAAUUGACAAUUUUUGUGAUAUAAUCAAUAUCGUUUAUACAUAUAUAUGAAAAUUUAUCUA